CCUGGGGGUGGGAGAGGGAGUGCUCCCCGAACUCUCAAACCCAGCUUAGGGAGUGGGUCCAUAGGGUAGGGAGGAAAGAGUUCCAAGAGCCAGUCUCUCCGGGGGAGGGGGCCUCGGAACGCUCAGACGAGGUGGGGGAGGGGAGGAGCAUUGAACGCUCAGGCCCAGCUGGAGGGUUAGGGGGCGGAGUUCGAACCCUCCCAUACAGCCUGGAAGCCCCGCACAAAACAGUGGGGGUGGGGGAUGGAGUAGAACACUGAGUGCCCACAGCCUAUACUGGCCCUGGGGUGUAGAGACCGGGCCCCUCCUCCGUGCCCACCAUGCCUCUCCGCUACUGUCUCCGUGUUUUUUCCAGGUGGAUUAGAUUUCCAGCUGCUCGGAGAGAGGCGAUGCCGGACCAGAUCUCCGUAUCGGAAUUCGUGGCUGAGACCCAUGAGGAUUACAAAGCUCCCACCGCCUCCAGCUUCACCACCCGCACCACCCAGUGCCGGAAUACGGUGGCGGCCAUCGAGGAGGCUUUGGAUGUGGACCGUACAGUUCUUUACAAAAUGAAGAAAUCAGUGAAAGCAAUAAACAUCUCUGGAUUGGCACAUGUGGAAAAUGAAGAACAGUAUACACAAGCCCUGGAGAAAUUUGGUGGCAAUUGUGUGUGCAGAGACGAUCCAGAUUUAGGAAGUGCAUUCCUGAAGUUUUCGGUGUUUACAAAGGAGCUUACUGCACUUUUCAAGAACCUGAUUCAGAAUAUGAACAACAUAAUUUCUUUCCCUUUGGACAGUUUGCUGAAAGGAGACCUGAAAGGAGUAAAGGGGGAUCUGAAAAAGCCUUUUGACAAAGCUUGGAAGGACUAUGAAACAAAAGUGACAAAAAUAGAAAAGGAGAAAAAGGAACAUGCCAAGCUUCAUGGGAUGAUUCGCACUGAAAUAAGUGGAGCUGAAAUUGCUGAAGAAAUGGAGAAAGAAAGGAGGUUCUUCCAGCUACAAAUGUGCGAGUACUUACUAAAGGUUAAUGAAAUCAAGAUUAAAAAAGGAGUUGAUUUACUUCAGAACUUGAUCAAAUAUUUUCAUGCACAGUGCAAUUUCUUCCAGGAUGGACUGAAAGCUGUUGAAACCCUCAAACCCUCCAUUGAAACUCUUUCAACAGAUCUUCACAUAAUCAAACAGGCCCAGGAUGAAGAAAGGAAACAGUUAAUACAGCUACGAGAUAUUUUAAAAUCAGCACUCCAGGUUGAACAAAAAGAGGAUUCACAAAUUCGGCAAAGUACAACCUAUAGUUUACACCAGCCUCAGGGAAAUAAAGAACAUGGGACUGAAAGGAAUGGCAAUCUCUACAAGAAAAGUGAUGGGAUCAGAAAAGUAUGGCAAAAAAGGAAAUGCUCCGUUAAAAAUGGUUUUCUGACAAUAUCACAUGGUACAGCUAACCGUCCUCCUGCGAAGCUCAAUCUCUUAACCUGCCAAGUGAAAACAAACCCAGAAGAGAAGAAAUGUUUUGACCUCAUAUCACAUGAUAGAACAUACCACUUCCAAGCAGAAGAUGAACCGGAAUGUCAAAUAUGGAUGUCUGUACUACAGAAUAGCAAGGAAGAAGCUUUAAAUAAUGCAUUUAAAGGUGAUGACAACACUGGAGAAAAUAACAUUGUCCAGGAGCUGACAAAGGAGAUUAUAUCAGAGAUCCAGAGGAUGACUGGAAAUGAUGUCUGUUGUGACUGUGGAGCACCAGAUCCUACCUGGCUUUCCACAAAUCUGGGCAUUCUGACAUGCAUUGAGUGUUCUGGGAUUCAUCGAGAGCUCGGCGUUCACUACUCAAGGAUGCAGUCCCUCACGUUGGAUGUAUUAGGAACCUCUGAGCUUCUGCUUGCCAAGAACAUUGGGAAUGCAGGUUUUAAUGAGAUUAUGGAAUUUUGUCUGCCAGCUGAGGACUCUAUCAAGCCCAACCCAAGCAGUGACAUGAAUGCAAGAAAAGACUACAUCACUGCCAAGUACAUUGAGAGGAAAUACGCAAGGAAAAAAUAUACGGACAAUACAGCUAAACUACAUAACCUUUGUGAGGCUGUGAAAACCAGGGACAUCUUUGGAUUGCUCCAAGUAUAUGCUGAUGGUGUGGAUCUGACAGAAAAAAUCCCUCUCGCCAAUGGACAUGAGCAAGAUGAAACCGCUCUCCACCUUGCAGUCAGAUCAGUGGAUAGAACUUCCCUUCAUAUAGUAGACUUCUUAGUUCAAAACAGUGGGAACUUGGACAAACAGACAGGGAAAGGCAGCACAGCCCUCCACUACUGUUGCCUGACGGACAAUGCCGAGUGCCUAAAACUGCUGCUCAGGGGGAAGGCCUCCAUUGAAAUAGCCAAUGAAUCAGGAGAAACGCCACUUGACAUUGCUAAACGCUUAAAACACGAACACUGUGAAGAACUGCUCACUCAGGCAUUAUCUGGAAGGUUUAAUUCUCAUGUUCAUGUGGAAUAUGAAUGGCGAUUGCUCCAUGAAGACCUAGAUGAAAGUGAUGAUGACGUGGAUGAAAAAUUGCAGCAGCCCAGCCCUAAUCGGCGAGAGGACAGGCCCGUCAGUUUUUAUCAACUGGGUUCCAGCCAGCACCAGUCGAAUGCUGCAUCUUUGGCUAGAGAUGCUGCUAACAUCGCUAAAGACAAACAGAGAGGCUUUAUGCCUAGCAUUCUACAAAACGAGACCUACGGAACCAUCCUCAGCAGCAGCCCCCCACCUUCACAGUCCAACGCACCCCCACUACCUCCCCGGAAUAUUGGCAAAGUUCAGCCUCCCAUCCUGGGCACUGGUGUCCAGACAGCCUCCUCAGCUAACACCUCGUGGAAGACAAAUUCUUUAAGUGUGGACAGUGUAAGCAGGCAGCGAUCUUCGUCAGAUCCGCCAGCUAUCCAUCCACCGCUGCCCCCUCUGCGAGUGACAUCUACGAAUCCCCUGAGUGCAACACCGCCACCUCCUGUGGCAAAAACAGCCAGUGUGAUCGAGGCCUUGAACCAGCAGCAGUCCAAGCCGCCCCAUGCGACAGCCCUGCAGUCCAAGUCCACCCCACCACCCCUGCCUCCACAGCCUCCCAGUCGAAUCAUGCAGAAAAAACCCACUCCUGGCAUUGACAGGUCAUCUCCUUUGAUCAACAAAGGCCAACCUAAAGGAACUGCUGGGGAGAUCUCUGAUGUGUCCAGUCUUUCGUCCAACACGUCCUCGGGUUUGCAGCCACCAGCACCUAUGCCAAGGAAGUCGCAGAUGACAAAGACCAAACCCAAAAGAGUAAAAGCUCUCUACAACUGUGUGGCAGAUAACCCUGAUGAGCUGACAUUUUCAGAAGGGGAUAUGAUCAUCGUGGAUGGUGAGGAGGACCAAGAGUGGUGGAUUGGCCACAUUGAUGGAGAUCCUAGUCGCAAAGGAGCUUUUCCUGUAUCAUUUGUGCACUUUAUUGCUGACUGAAUUGCUACUGAACAAAAAAUAGAAUGAAAUUUAUCAUUUUGAUCUUAAGCAAGUCAACAUUUAAGUCCCAGUUUCACUACUGUUUCCAAAACUCUUGCCAGAAAACCAGAUUCUUGAGUUGUAUUUGUAUUGUAGUCAACCUUCUCUAAUGUCAUUGUUCUGGUUUCAAACCCUGGACACAAUUUUCAUAUGUAAAUGAUUUUUAGAUAAGUUGUGUUUUCUUCAUGAAACAGUCGUUGAUAUUCUUUCUCAAAGAUACAUUUUUGCAUUUUUAUUUUUAAAGGUGAAGUGAAAAAAAAAAUUGUUAAUGAGUAUCUCUGAACCCAAGCCAGCAGAAUUCAGUAUACCAGCUUAACAUAAAGAUCUUUAUUUUGAAACAUGAGGUUUGGAAAUAAAUCCCUCUUGACUUGUCAUGGCUUGAUUUGGAAGUUGUAAGUUUUCACGUGCUUAUAUUAAAGUCAGUGAAUUUCAGAGCAGCUGUCUCAGUUGUUUUAGGGAACCCAAUAAUUGCAUUCACUAUUGCUCCAGAUACCAGCCUUCCUAAGCUAAGGUCAUUCCAGAUAGAAGGUCCUGAGUUCACCUUUAAAGGAUAUUUAUUCCUUUGAAAUCUACCAUGUGCACACAUUUAAAGCAACUUGGAAACUUCUCCGUUACCUGUUUGUACUUUCUAAUUUGUGAGGUUGAGAAUCUCUGUUAUCAUUAUUAGAUGCUGCAUGUGUGUAUAACCUGUUUUGGAAGUCCUUUAUGUAAUGUGAUCCUGAACAAUUGUAUUCACCAGACUGCUGAUGGUUACUUCAAAUCCAUGACAAUAUUAUCAGUUGAUUCAACUCUAGGAGGUUAUAAAAACUGCAUUUCCUGAAUUUGGUUUUAAACUAAGGAUGAUGGAUUGCAAAGCAGUUCUUAAAACCAGUUAUGUGCUUUAGAUGUUUUAGAUUUUGCCUUCUUGAACUUAUUUAAUCACCCAGUAACACCUGUACACACAAAUAGAAUAUUGUGGUGGACCGUACUGUAUUUAUCCUGAAUCACAAGGGCAUUUAUUGAAAAGCUCACUAGUUAGUACAUCUUAAUUGCUGUUUCCUGUUAAGUGUACCACUGCCUCUCCUUCUAAACACGACAGUGUGCUUGUUUCCUAACUCAGCUGAAUGUAUAUGUAUUUAUAUAAUAUACCAGUAUGAACAGUAGUUAACAAUGUCAUAAAAAUGAUUCUGUUCAUUUGUCUGUGAACAAAUAUCUAGCAAAUAUCCAUAGAUCCCAGUGGAUGGGUGUAACACUACAUAACAUUGAAAUUCUCACAUCUAUUUGAAUAUUGAGUCUAUUGUACCUUUCUUAAACUUAUGCUAUAAAAAAAAAAAACAGUAAUGAAGACUAGCAUAUGUUGAGAAAAGCCUAACUAAAACUUGGUUACAUGAACUUGACUAUCUGCUGGUGGUAUAUAUGAGUUCCAUAGCAUGGAUACCUGACGUGAGAAUGUUGAAGCUUUAAGGUAAAAUUUGUAAGACAGUGUCCACCGUAUCUUACAGACAUAGGAAUCUUUAAACUAAUGCUAGGACAAGUUGUUAAUGAUUUUAUUUUUUUUAACAAUGGUACACUUAAUUGUGAUAGCCAGUCUUUAUCAUGUGAAAAGCUUGUGUGUAUAGCUUCUUGAUGUAUUAACUCAUUUCUGAAGCCACUGAGAAAGUGAAAAAAAAAAACAACAAACUGGAAUGUAUUACAAUGUUUUUGUUGAGUUUUGAAGUAGAUUUCUUUAUACUUUCCAAAGUUCGCAGUUAAAAAAAAAAGAUUAAAUCUAUAAUUCUAGACUUAGUUUAGCACUACAUUUGUGUUUAUUGAUGAUUUCCGUUUUUGGUUUUGGAAACAUUUUAAUUCCCUGGUAAGAUGCAAGGAAGUAAGCAGCCCCUAUUUUGCACAGUUCACUUCUCCUGUCUUUUUUUUUUUUUAAACAGAUUCUCCUAGCAUAUGAAACUUGCAGUUUGGAUGAUUUGGUGUCAGCUGUGAAGUAAAGUCAAAUUUAAGCCUUUGGAUUCUGGUCCCAGACACUACUCAGUCAGGUUCAGUGGUACAUGUCUGGGAUACAUCUUGGCAUUUUUUUAAGAUCUAAUUUGGUGGUGCUAUUGUGCAGGUAACUAAUAUUAUUCCUCUUGCCAGAGCAGAAAUACAUUUUAAAUACUUUGCCCACUAGCAUCCUUUGAGGUAUUUGCUCCUUUUUGCAGCAAAAAAGGCAGGCAGAGAUAAAUCUGAAUGCAUUGUAGAUAUCUAUUUAUAUUUAAAGUUUACUUUUCAUAAAUUUCAGCUGCAAGAUUCUGGCAUUUUGCAUUUGCCAUUCUUCAUCAAAGCAAACUUCAAGGGAUGCCGAUUCUGAAAUUUUAUGCACAGUCUAUUUGGUUGCUGUGUUAACUGUUUCAAAAGGAGUGGAUGACACCGAAUCUGCAGCGUAGAAUCCUAUUUGAGAUGUAUAAUAUUCAGUUCAUUCAUUUGAUUAUUUUGGUGUAGUUGCAGAGCAACUGUAUAUAUUGUAUAACCUAAAUCAACUCUUAUUUUCAAUGUCCCGAAUGCAGUGAUUUAUAAUUAGAGCAUGUUUCAGAAGUUUACUCUUGUUAACCAGUCAUUUGGCUGGAAAAAAAUAAAAUACUUUUAAACUGACUUAUUUUUCUUAAA